AUGAGCGGUUUAUUUAGCCUUCUAUUUACCAAACUGACUCUACCCCCUCCCUCGCUCAUUAAGGGAAAGACCAUACUUAUCACCGGGGCAAACACUGGCCUCGGUCGAGAAACUGCCAGACACGCGCUUGCUCUGGGCGCCGGUACCAUCAUUUUGGGCGUUCGAAGCAUUAGCAAAGGGGAAGAUGCUAAAGCUAAUAUCGAGGCAAGUGUUGCCGGCUGUAACGACAUAGGAAAGAUCCUUGUAUGGCCCGUCGAUCUUGAAUCAUUUGCUAGUGUCCAGGCCUUUGCAGCUCAAGUUCAUAAACAUGUUAUGCUAGAGGGUGGCCGACUAGAUAUAGCUAUCAUGAAUGCAGGAAUUGCAUCAGCCGAGUAUUCCACUACCCACGAUGGAUGGGAGAGAGGAAUUCAGGUCAAUGUUCUAUCAACUGCACUUCUCAGUCUCAAACUUUUACCGCUAUUGCUGCAAACAAAAGAGCGAGAUCCAUCCCUACAACCUCAUCUGGUCCUUCUUACAAGUGAUAUUCACAAAUCCAUCAACUUCUCUGAGCGAAACGAGAAGAUGGUUCUUUCUUUCUUGAACCGCGAGGAGCAGUGGAAGUCAUCUCAGACAGCAGGUGCUACUGAACGCUAUGGUGUCACCAAACUUAUGGAUAUCUUCAUCACCAUGGAGUUAGCUCGACUCGUGCCUCGUGAUGAGUCUGGAAACCCUCUUGUGAUUGUCAAUGCCGUAGCGCCAGGUUUUUGCAAAUCGGAUCUUCUCACAAGGGAAAAGGCACCAUGGAUUCUGAAGCUGAUCCAAGCCUUGAUUGCUAGGACAGUGGAAGAAGGUAGCAAAACACUGCUGCAUGCAGCAACCCAGGGCACGAAAACGCACGGAAAGUGGCUGGAGAAUCAGAUCAAUGCUGACCCUGGUACUAUUGUCACAAGCCAAGAUGCAGCGGUUGUAAGAGAGAAGGUCUGGGCCGAGAUCAUUGCUGUCUUGCAUAAUGCUGACCCCGAAGUCCGAGUUGAUUACUGA